UCGAGCAAAUGCAGUACUCACAGUAGGGCGUCAGGUGGUGUGACAGAAGUCAGGUGUUGUGGUGGAAAGUUUUGUUUCUUGUUCGUAACGUAUGUCGUUUGUACAAAUACUUAAGAACAUGGGAUGUUGUUAUAGUUGUAAAGAGGAUAAUUCGGUACAGGGCGGGGAAGCAAACGAAAGGACACAUCUUCUAGUGGAUCCAGUGAGCAAUAGUGCUGCAAUCCAGAGAGUUCAUAGUGACGAAUUCUUAACUCGGUACCCUAACUCUUUGCCAAAGAAGACAGAUGAACAGUCAGCCCUGAACAGAAUACUGCAAGAGACAGCCACGAAUGUGAUUGACGUUUCUGCCCUGGGUCCACAUGCUCUUGAACAGCACGAGUUCUUGGAACGUGUCAAACUAUAUGCCCAACGAUUGCAGCAAGUGCAGCUUGGUUCAGCAGGCAGUGGACGGCGAGUGGUGGGUGCUGGUAGUAUCCAACAGAUAGCACAACCUAUCUUAGCAGACGUGCCUGCUCCUGAAAGGUGGCUUGCUGCUCACCCACUUGAUGCCAGGGACUUAGCGCUUGUUGUGGGUGUAGCAGAACGUGCAGGAGCAGCUCUGGCUGACUUAAGAGUGGAACAUCGUGAGGACCUUGUAGUGCCUUUUGUAAUCCCUUGAAAAUAGAGAAAGACUGAAAGAAAGGAAGGACAAAAUGGAUGAUCCAGGAUAUGGAAGGAUCUGAUGAAGCCAAUGACUGAUAAAAUUAUAAUCACAUUUUAGCAUUGGCUUGUGACUGAUGUUAUUUCUUUUAUAAUGUUUAUAUUAAUCUCACCAAAGAUAUAUUUUAUUGCAAAAAAAAAUAA